AUGCUACAGAACUCUCCCGCGGCGUCGUCUUCGACGUCCGCGUCGGCGAUCGCGGCAGGCUCGGCCUCAAUCCCCGAGAAAGACGCGAGGGUGCCCACCGGCAGGGACCAACCACCAACGUCCAAGCAGACCCCCGCGCGUGCACCAAAGCCACGCAGCUGCAUCGUUUGUAGAAGCCGAAAGGUUCGUUGCGACAAACAAUCACCAUGCUCAAAUUGCCGCCGCGCGAAUAUUGCCUGCAUUUUCCCGCCGACAGAUCGUCCACCAAGAUGGACCCGGCGUCUCGAGCGCCCGCUGACUGACGAUGCCAUGGAGCGAAUUCGAACAUUGGAGAAUCUCGUCAGAGAUCUCACUGCUCAGCUGGAGCAGGCAAAUGCCAGGGCAGCUUCUCUAAGCGGCUCAUCUCCCGGGCUUCAUUCAGCCGCCGGAUCUACUGAAGAGACCGCACACCAGGCGAACCCAUAUGUCUCAAAUUCACCUUAUGCUCAACAUCAAUUCGGGAGGUUAGUUGUUCAAGAUGCGAACAAGAGUCGCUAUGUUGGUAGUGGCUUCUGGUCUCGAGUCAACGACGAGAUUAACCAAAUCAAAAUGGACACAGGGGGAGCUUCUCAUCAUGAAGAAUUUGACUCCUCAGAAUCAGAAGGCUGGUCUCCUGAAAAUGCACUGUCUACACAAGAGUUUGAUCGCGAGCCAGAAGAACGGCAUGCCUUCCUGUUUCGCCACAACUUGAGUUCUGCUGCUCCCGACCUCCGUGGAUUUCAUCCACUGCCUUCUCAAAUUCCAUUCUUACUGGAUGUCUUCUCUGAGAAUGUGAACAUUUUUGUUCAAUACAUCCACAUUCCCACGGUCACCAAGAUGAUCCGUGAUCUGCGCGGUGACAUGACGGGCUUAACGCCUCCUAACGAGGCGUUAAUGUUCUCCAUAUACUAUGCGGCCGUGACUUCUAUGGAGGAGGAGGAUGUUAUGGUUAACUUCGGAACAACCAAGAUGGAACUAAACCUGAAAUAUCGCCUCGGCCUGGAGCAUGCUCUCGCCAAAGCUGAUUUUUUGAAUGUGCCAGACCUAGUAUUGCUCCAGGCUUUCGCGAUAUUUCUCACUCUAGUCCGGCGACACGAUAGCCCGAGGUUCGUCUGGAUGAUGACAGGACUUGCCAUUCGAAUGGGUUUGUCGCUUGGUUUGCACCGCGACGGGGCCAACUUCAAUAAUUUAUCUCCAUUCGAUAUUGAGAUGCGACGACGGGUCUGGUGGGCCUUGUGUAUGCUUGAUAUUAGAGCAUCCGAAGACCAAGGGACGGAGUACACAAUUCCGCUGGGCAGUUUUGACACAAAAAUCCCCCUAAACAUUAACGAUGCAGAUUUAGACCCAGACUCAGAACAAAAACCUGUUGAACGAGAGGGAUUGACUGACAUGUCAUUGGCUCUCGUCUCAUGCAAGACUUCCGAAACCGUGAGACUCAUGAUGGCAAGAGGCUCUGAUGCUUUAAGUUUAGAAGAACAAGACCAGAUGCUACAAAGGAUUUACCAGGGUCUCGAGGAAGGCUAUCUGAAAUACACAGCAGAAUCAACCAUUACAUCGUGGGUAGGAACCAUGGUCACUCGGCUAGUAAUAGCUAAGAUGACGCUUUUUAUCUAUUUACCAAUUCUGUUUGCUUCUCCAAGCGAGCAGCUUUCGGAGCAGGUCAGAACUAAGCUACUUGUUGCGGCGAUCGAAGUCUCUGAAUACAAUCAUGCUUUGAAUGCCGAACAUGCAUGUCGUCACUGGCGGUGGUUAUUUCAGACAUAUACUCACUGGCAUGCUAUUGUUUAUAUCCUGAUUGAAAUAUCCCGCCGUCAAUGGUCACCUCUUGUGGAAAGAGGAUGGGUAGCUUUGCACAGCACUUGGCUCAUCCCGACCCAGUCUCGCAUAAGAAACCUUCGCAUGUGGUUUCCUCUGCGGAAGCUGAUGAUCAAAGCCAAAGCCCAUCGAGCAAUGGAAAUUGAUCGGCUCAAAAAAGAUGCGCUGGCUAUUGAAAAUCUCGAAUAUGAAUAUCGGAAUACACCUUUGCCUUCGAGUCCCGGCUUAUAUUCUGCUGGUUCUAACUCGGCAGAUUAUUAUUUGGAACAGUGGCAAGGACUUUUUGAUUCUUCUGUCCAGGAAAAUCCAUCUGCCUCUGCUCCUAUGUGUCCCGGCACUUCUAUACCAUCAAGUUUGACUUCAAGUUAUGUACAGCCAGCCUCAUUAACUGAUUUCCGAUAUUUGAACCCGGACUUUGCACCCCAUAUUGGUCCUACGGAUAUUGAACCCAAGAGCUCUGAGCUCGGUCACAACUUCACGGUCACUACAUCCGUGUCUCCAAGGGCAAUUGGAACCACCGAUCUCUCUCUAGUGGGCCCCCAAUAUGAACCACCUGAACCCGCAAGACUCUUGCCUUCCGGCGAAUCCACCAGUGCUAGUGUCGAUCCUUGGCUAUGGGCGGAUGAAUUUUGUACAAAUUCAACCAUAGAACCAGUGGACGGUAACAUGGACUUAAAUAUCGAUAUAGAUUGGUAUAAUUGGGUCGAAUCUGCAAAGGGAUUGGAAUCGGAUUAUACUAGCUCCCGUUUCAACAUUGACUAG